AUGGAGCCCACUCGUGGUGAAAGCGCCGAUGCAGCCACGUUAUUCUUGCAGCAGCAGCGGCAGGCCUUCACGGACCAGGUGGCGAGGCAAGAUCAUCAGCGUGCCAGAACUGCAGAAGAGGUCAACAUGGCCCUGCAAGAGCUGGAGGCUGAGCGAAGGCAGAUGGAUGAAACUCACAGACAGCUGGAGUCUGAAACUGCGGAAGCCAAGCGAUUGGAGGCCCUGUGUGCGGAGUUGGAGGCCCAGCUGGACAUAGCACCGAAGGGCAAGUCAGACUCGUCGGAGGAGCUAGCGGAGCUCGAGGCGGCGGUUGCCCAGGAGAAGUCGCUGUUACAACAUACCGAGGACCGGCUGGCGUCUGCGGCGGUAGAGAGAUCCUCUUUGCGGUCAGCAGUUGCUGCUGCUGAGGCUCGCGCGCCUUUGCGGGAAAAGCCUGCGAAGGCGCUGGCCAAUGAGAUGCGCUCUGCCUUGGAAGAGAUGGCAGCUGAAUCCUUGAGGCAAGCGGAGGCAUUCCAAGCCCGCGUGGAGCAGCGCCUCGAGGAUGCUUCUUUCCGCACCAAAGCUGUUGCGGAGAAGGUCAACCGCGUGAAGGCCCACCGCAUGUGGGACCGUGAAGUGGCUGCACUCUUGGAUGCUCUUCAGGAGGCAGAAGGCAUCACUUCCCAACAGCUCCAGCUGUUGGAGUGCAGUCCACAUGGGCCCGCUGGAGAAGCCGCUCGUGAGGUCGCGGCCUUGCGCCACAGCGUCGCCAGCGAGCUCAGGGCGAGCUUCACGCAGGCGUUCCGGUAA